UCUAAAAUUCCACAGCCGCAACAUCCCUAGUUUGUACAUAUUCAAACAAAGUGCUCGGAAAAAACUAACCACAAACAUUUUAACUGCUUAUGAACAAUAUUUUGGAAUUCAAGCCAAGAAUCCGGAUAAACAUUGGACUCCAAACAAUUGCAAAGCUGUUUAUCCCAAUGUAUCAUCAGUGAUAACAACUGCACCACAUUCUUCUGUGUACCCAAAACGCGAACCACCAGCACUGAAAGAAGAAGAAAUUAGUUCGCAAGGAACUGUAUUUUCGGAUUCAAAUCCCAGCGUUUAUUCAGGAUCAGCGAGUCAAAAACCGAACCUGAUGAAUCAAUUGGCCCUAAAUGAUCUGUGUCGUGAUUUCAACUUAUCAAAAGAAAAAUCUGAAUUACUCGCAUCACGCUUACAAGAACGUGGGUAUUUGGAAUCAGAGACAAAAGUAACUUAUUUCAGAAAUCGUAGCAAACAAUUCGAACAAUAUUUCUCAAAAACAGAUGACUUUUGCUACUGCAACAAUGUUAACGCGAUGUUUGCCGCAUUUGGAGAAAAUCAUAACUCGGACGAAUGGCGUAUAUUUAUUGAUGGUAGCAAAUAUAGUGUGAAAGCUGUUUUACUUCAUAAAGGUAAUAAGGAACCUUCCAUUCCCAUUGGCCAUUCCACAAAAGUGAAAGAAACAUACGAGACAAUGAAAGAGUUACUCAAACUGAUUGACUACAGUUCUUGCAACUGGAAGAUAUGUUGUGACUUGAAUGUCGUCGCUAUACUCACUGGUCUACAGGGUGGCUAUACGAAAUACAGCUGUUUCUUGUGUCUCUGGGAUAGCAGAGCAGAUGAAAAGCAUUUUACUCAACGCGAGUGGCCAAAGCGUAAUGAUCAUGUCGUAGGAAAGAGCAACGUUCUUAAAACAGCACUAGUUGAAAAAAAACAGCGUUAUUUUUCCAACAUUGCACAUAAAACUCGGGCUAAUGAAAAAUUUUGUCAAAGCUUUAGCAAAAAAUCCGGAAAAUAAAGCCUUGAAAUAUUUGAAGACGGUGUUUCCUAAACUGUCGACAGAAAAAAUCAAAGCAGGUAUAUUUGUCGGGCCACAAAUCAGAAAAUUGUUUGAUGAUGCAAAAUUUGAACGAUGCUUGAACAAAUCUGAAGUAAAAGCUUGGACUGCCUUUGAACACGUUGUUCACGGUUUUUUGGGGAACAACAGAAGCAAAAACGACCGUAAAUUGAUUGACAAUUUGAUGAAAAACUUCAAUGACAUUGGUGCUCGAAUGUCUCUGAAAAUGCACCUGUCAUUUCGACUUUUUUCCUCCGAAUUUGGGAGCUGAGAGCGACAGCGAAAAGCGGUAUGAAGGUUUCUGUGAUCAAGCCAUGAUGGGCGACUAUUUUUGGAUGCAACUUUGAGAAGACAGAAUGGAACACAAACGAAGAAGGUUGACAGAAAAAUCAUAUUUUCGACCUGAAGUGUGAAAAUGUUAAAAACCUCGAAUUGCUUGUAUUUACAUUAUGCGUCAUAACUUCUACAUUUCUUCUUCGUUCGAAGCAAUAUUUAGGUUAAAUUGUAUGUGACAGAAUGGUUUUUAAAUUG